AUGGCAUUUCUCGCAUCGAUGAUAGCUAGUGUCGUUGGUGGUGCGGAAUUUAUUAUUUUCGAUGACGAUGAUGCUGAUGAAAAAAAUGAGAAAUUAAUAAAAGUCGUUGGAUAUGCUAAAAAUAUUGUGCCUAGAUAUUCAGAUAAACAGUUUCAGCAUCAUUUUCGUAUGACACCUGAGACAUUCGAAAGUUUUCUUCAAAAGUUACAUUCAAUAAUUCCUCACGAUUUUCGGAGUGGUCACACAGAACUGCCAUUGGAAGAACAAGCUAUGAUUUUGAUCUGGUAUCUCGGAAAUUGUGAAUCUUUUCGAUCAGUCGCGAACAGAUUCGAUAUUAGUAAGUCAACCUGCUGGGAAGUUUUGUAUCGAACUUGUAACAGAGUUCUUCAAAUGAAUCAGUAUCACAAUAUUCUAUGUUGGCCAUCUCAAACACGUGCACGAGAAAUAAUAGAUGGAUUUAGACGUAUUAAUAAUUUUCCAGGAAUCAUUGGAGCUAUCGACGGUUCUCAUAUUCCUAUUAAAAAACCAAGCGAAUAUGGUAACUCGUAUAUUAAUCGUAAAAGUUUUGCUUCAGUUCUUCUACAAGGUGUAUGUGACCACAACAAAUUAUUCAUUGAUGUGUAUGCUGGACAGCCGGGUUCUAUUCACGAUGCUACAUUAUUUAAAAAAUCUGAUUUAUAUGAAAGGAUUCAGCGUAAUGAAGUGAAUUUUCCUGAUAACAGUCACAUGAUUGGUGAUUUAGCUUAUCCUUUAUGCUCUUAUCUUUUGGUGGGAUUCAAAAAUACUCGUAUUUUAACUCAGCAAGAGAUAAACUAUAAUUAUAAAUUAUCUAAGCAAAGGGUAGUAAUUGAAAACGCUUUUGCAUUGCUAAAGGGAAGAUUUCGUCGGUUAUUAAUAGUGGAGACAGUUCGGCUAGAUUUAAUAGCAUUACUAAUAGUAACGGCGUGUAUUUUACAUAAUAUUUGUAUACUAUCAACUGAUAUACUUGAUAUUGAUGUAAAUUCAGAAUUAGAAGAAGAAGAAGGAUUACAAUUGAAUAAUGGAGAUGAUGAUUUUGUUACUGAAAAUGAAGUAACUCUCAGGGGAAUCCGUAAACGGAAUGCCAUCGUUGAGAUAUUAUAA